UUGGUAAGAAAGGUUUCGAAGUGAUGUCGCCCUCGUUAUUAUAACCGCUCUUUAUUUCGCUUAUCAACAUUGUUAUAAAUUCCGCGAGUAUUCGAUCGACGAAGUGAUUAUAAUUCGCGAUUUGUGAGAAAAUGGUAUUGGUAGAUUGCGCGAUUCAGAAUGGUUCUGUGGAAAUGGUCACCCAGCGUCAAAUUACGAAUAAUAUGUGUACGAACGGUAUCCUCACACAAUUUGGAGCAAUCAGAUCAGAAUUCACGGAAUCUUUACCGCCUCAGCCUUCGUCAGACUCAAAUUCAUCGGAUAGCUCGAGCAGUGAAAUAAAAUACUUCAAAUACAUACCUUCGUUACCUCCACUACCAAACCUACCGCAAAUAAAACCCAAAGCAUUUCAAUAUGUCAAAUCCUCGGGAUACUUUCCAUCGGCGGAAUUACACCAUAAAGUCAAUUCCAGUCGUCUCAAAGUACCUUCGAAAUUCAUUAAAUCUUCGAUUCAAGUAUCCAAACGAGCUGAAAAUUUGGCGCUGAAACCAACGAGUUGCUACAGUGUCAUCGCAUCUCCACCUAGCAAACGUAUCAAACCAAUGGUGAAAGCAUUGGGGUCGCGAUACAAAGAAAAUCUGCAGUUGGUUUUCGAAAAUAGACGUCUGUGCUUAGUAACGACUCGUGCCAACGAUCAAACUGGUAAAAUAACGCUACGAAGAUGGGUUUCCGAACCUUGUUUCGCUGUCGAAAACAAAACCAACGAAAAUCCUCAAUACAAAAGGCGUCAUUCGGAAAAAUUCAGUUUCGAUGAAAAUACACCUUCGUUUAAACUAUUCGACAUACCAACGCCAAAGAAAACGCUAGCUCCAAAAAUGACCAAUGGUAGAUCCUCCACCUCCAACUCAAAGUCGAGAAAUACUUCGAAAAAUCCUCAAAAAACGCCAUCGAAGUCGUCCACUGCAGCGACGAAUUCGAAGAAUGGUACGCUCAAGUUGGCUCGUCCAUCGAUACUCGAACCGAAAAAACCCGAAAAUAAUAUCGUAGGUCGUGUUCAUACGAGAAGAAAAACGAAUCAAGGCACGCAGGUUGAGCAAACGACUAAAGAAGUUGAAUCGCAAACUGAUUUCAACCAAGAAGCUAAAGAUCGCCCUGUUCCUCGUAAAAAGCAAAGCACUCCUUCGACAGAUGAUAAAAAAUCAAAAGAGGGUAUGAAAAAGACAGUGAUUGCUCCUUUCAGUUUCAUGGAUCGAGUACAAGCCCUCUUAGAACGAAAGGAGAAACGCAAAAAUAAGAUCGAUAAAACAUACGAAAUCAAACGAUGGGCCAGGCCGCCGCUUAUCCUGAAGAAAAAACCUUUCAAAUUAUCAUCGAUGGAGAAAAAAAUCACCGUACCAGAGCCUAUGAAAUUUGAAACCGAUCUUCGUCGCCAGAAAUGGGAAGAGUUCAUGAGAGAAUUCAAUCAACGCCAGCAGGAACAGGAAAAAGAAAAAGAGACCAUCAAGCAGAAAGAAAUGACAAAUUUCAGGAAAACACUAAUACCUAAAAUUCACACAGUACCUUAUAAAAAACUAGGAAUCAAACCAAGAAAACGUUUAGUUAGCCAGUUUCGAAAACUAAGAGAACAUUCGACCAAAAUGGCCGAGUUUAACUACUCGUCCGAAGAUGACCUCAAUGGUAACAAAACAAGAUCCGGCGAUCGGGCUAAAUUUGCCAAAGUGAAAAAAUCCAACCGAAACGAAUCAACGUUCAAGAUUAAAAGAAAUUCUCACAUGAUUUCCACUCAAAAUGAAUUCAACUCGAAUUAUAAAAAUUUCUCGAAAAAGAAUAAAAAUUCAAACUCACCUAACGAUAAAAUGUUGUCCAUCACUCAGAAAAUAUCCAUCAAAGAGAAAAACAAUUCGAAUGUGAAAAAUUCACGAAUGUCGUCUUCCGAUGAAAACAACACUGUAAAAACAUCCUUUCAAAAUAGAAACGAGUCGCGUAGAAAUUUCUCCACAUCGAUCAAAAAUAGUUCACGAAGUAAUUCGUAUUCGGUGAAAGACGAUUUUGACGGUUUGUACGAAAAAAAUGCAACGGCUUCGAUCAAUUCUAAACAACAAUUCAAGGUAGCACCAGCUGUGAAAACGCAGAGGAAAGUUUUUUAAUAAAGUUAGAACCACAAAUUACAUAUACCUAGACCUACCAUCCUUCCUACCUAUUAUGAUGUUUCUAUAAUAGAUUUUUUUGUAUAUGCUCUAUUAUUACAAAGUACUUCAAUAGUGAAUUCAAUAGGAAAUGCUCAUUAAAUCGUUCUGAACAGACCUUGAUCAGCUAACUAUUGCACUUUUUUCAAACGCCUGCUGAACUCGCUACUUGAAUACAAACAAUAAUAUUAUGCAUGUGAAUUAUUUUUAUUCGUCUUUUUAAAAAUCUUUUGUCAUUAUUAUGUAUGUAUGAAUUUGUAUUUUUGUGCAUACCUACCUACUUAUACAUAUGUAAUUAAAUUUAAAACAAAAUUAAAUACCUAUUGAAUGGA